CUGACUAGACACGAGCACAUAGCGUACGGGCAACAUAUUUGAUUGACAGGUGAAGGGCCGUCUUCAGCACCUUCAGUAGACAUGACCACAAAGUCCAGCAGCUCGAAGGCGGACCUUAUCUUAUGAUUUUUUUUAGCCUUAUCUUACAUACAUGGUGAUUUGCUUUAUUCAUUCAAAUUUGGAAGACUUUUUAAAAACACUUCUCUGUGGUGUGUCAAAUUUACAAUAAAUGUUUUUGGUCCUUUUACAGGCAUUAUAAAAACUAUUAUUUAUAGAUUACAGACCAGGCAAGGCUUAGAUUUAAAGGUGUGGUUAAUUUGAAUACCAGGCCACCCUAACAUGUUCAAAAGUGCAAUAUUCUGAUUGUGACAGGUCAGUGAGAAGAAGUGGGGGUGGAAGAGAAGACUGGAGGUACACAAGCAGUGGUAUGAGGCAGAGAGCAAGUGACUGAGUGAGUGAGUGAGACCGAGCGAGUGAGAGAGCCUAAGAGAGCAAGCGAGAAAGCGGUUGCGUGAGUGGGAGAGAAAAAGAGAGAGAGAAAGAGUAGUGAUGGUCGACGCCAGGCUGCCACCACUCUGUAGCAGUGAGUGGCUGCAACAAAAAGCACAGAAUAACAUCCCUGGCUCUGCUCGGCUUUUUUUCCUCUCUUCUUGCAUCUCAGCAAGCAGAUGAAGGCUCUGCUGAGGCAAUGUUGGGACUUAACCGGCGUCAAAAGCAGAAUCUUUGGAUGCCAUCAACAAGUUAGGGGUGAAGACUAAGAGCCAUGAAAGGGAUAAGGCUUGAUCUUGAAGUAACCAGCUGAUCUAACAUUAUUGCAGUGGAAAGGAAAGAAAAGGGUCAAAAGAAAAAAAGGGAGGAGGAGAACCUUAUCCAGAUUUGCAGGAACUGCAAAUAUUCAACUUAAAAAAAAAAACUAUCAGCUAUACUUCAAGGACUUGUUGGAUAAAGAAGACAACUUGAACAUUUACUGGAUUUUAUGGGACAGCAAAGAAAAACUGGAAUAAACAUCCUGGGACAUGGAAAUGUAUAUUCUCUCUCCUUUGCGUGGGCUGAGUAUUGCUUCAUUUCAAAAGCGACUGGUUCAUUUUGUGCUAUUCCAAGGAGGUUCUUACCAUUUAGAUUUUUCUUCCAUGUGGUUGCUCAAGAAGUCUGUGGCGAAGGACAGUUGAAUUCAGCUUCCGAUGUGCACAAAAGAAUGGGUUUUCAUUCAAGGUGGCCAUUGGUGGGACCUGCACCAGCGGCUCUUUGUCUGUAUAUGAUCAGCAUGCUCCUUGUGUGCCUGCUCCCUUCUGCAUCAUGCACAACCUGCCCUCAAAAAUGCCGCUGUGAGGACCUGCAGUUCUACUGCGACACCCAAGGACUUCAGGCACCCCCAGAUGGUGUGGACAAAGGGGCCCUGGGGCUUUCACUACGGCACAACAGCAUCACUGAACUCAGCCCUGAUCAAUUCUACGGCUUCAGUCAGCUCACCUGGUUACACCUAGACCACAACCAGAUUACUACGGUUCAAGAAGAUGCCUUCCAAGGGCUCUACAAGCUGAAAGACCUUAAUCUGAGCUCCAAUCGUAUCACCAAGUUGCCCAAUACAACCUUUAUCCACCUCAUUAAUCUGCAGAUUUUGGACCUGUCCUUCAAUCAGAUGACUGCACUGGAACCAGAACUGUUUCAUGGAUUAAGAAAGCUGCAAAUACUCCACCUACGUUCCAAUUUACUUCGUACCACUCCUGUUCGUGCAUUCUGGGACUGUCGCAGCCUGGAAUACCUUGGUCUUAGCAGCAACCGUCUACGGAGUCUAGCACGAAAUGGUUUUGCUGGCCUCAUCAAACUCAAAGAGCUCCAUUUGGAGCACAAUCAGCUAACAAAGAUCAACUUGGCCCAUUUUCCACGUCUCAUUGGGCUCCAAUUCCUGUAUCUGCAGUGGAAUAAGAUCAGCAACAUAACAUGUGGCAUGGAGUGGACCUGGACCACUUUAGAGAAGUUGGACCUUACAGGAAAUGAAAUCCGUGGCUUGACACCUGAUGUCUUUCAAACACUGCCAAAUCUCAAAAUUUUGCUGUUGGAUAACAACAAAUUAAGCAGUCUGGAUGCCCAAGUAAUGGAUAUGUGGCAGUCUCUAAGUACUAUUGGAUUGUCUAGCAACCUCUGGGAAUGUACCAAAAUGAUUUGCUCUCUAGCCACUUGGGUAAGCACCUUCAAGGGAAGGUGGGAACAUUCCAUUCUCUGCCAUAGCCCUGAAUAUGCCCAAGGUGAGGAAAUUCUUGACGCUGUGUAUGGAUUCCACCUUUGCCAGAAUAUUUCAGCACCAGUUGUUCAGACCACAAGUACAACCACAGACGCUACCACCGCUACAGAGAUGACAAGCUCCUUUUUUGGAAUUAUGCAGCCAACCCCUACACAGGACUAUGGAGAGGACUUUGGGAGCUUUACCACACUCACAACCACAAUAACCACAACACAAACACCUAUCAUUUCUCAAGCAACCACUACUGCAUUGGAAGAGACAGCUGUAACAGAUGACUUCUCCAUCAUGGACAAUACUGUUAUGACUCAUAGGGUUAUCAUGGGGACUAUGGCUCUUCUGUUUACAUUUUUUUUCAUCAUUUUUGUUGUAUAUAUGUCACGGAAGUGUUGCCCCCCUACGCUGCGCCGGAUACGCCACUGUUCCGCUAUUCAGAGCCGCCGACAGAUGAGGGCCCAGCAGCGGCAGCCUAUGGCAGAUCUAGCUACACAGGUACCCUAUAAUGAGUAUGAGCCCAGUCACGAAGAAGGAGCACUUGUGAUCAUUAAUGGCUAUGGGCAGUGCAAGUGUCAGCAACUGCCUUACAAAGAGUGUGAAGUAUGAACUUUAUUUAUUGCGAGGGCAUAUGGUUUUCCAUUUGACCAUUUGAUGAUACAGGGUUUGCUUUUUCAAUUCGUUUUCCAGUUCAUGUUAAAAAUAAAAAAGUUAAAUAAAAAAAAAAUUAAAAUUCUACUUUCUGGGAUUUAAGAAAACAUGACAAAUGCUUAUUGGCCCCAUGACAGAUAUGACAGUAUUAGGGUGAUUAAGAGAUAGGCGUACAAUUAUUUUUCUAUGAAUGGAAGGUGUUCGUGCAAGGCAGGGACAACCAUUUUAAACAAGCAAAGUGUCAGCUGUAAGAUCUGUUUCCACCAUAUGUCAAUACUCCUCAGCACAUAGCAUAUACUUGCUCAAAUGACCUCAGCUAACUUCAUUAAGUGGAAACAUUGCAUCCUUUUAAAAAUACUUGAAUUCACUUCUUACCCACACAACAAACACUGUAAACAAGCCAACCAACACUCGAAAAUAUAAAGUAGAUGUGUAAUUUUUCUGAAAUGAGAGACAUUUGCAUUCAGAGAUUACAAAUCACCGUUCCUGAGGGGAAUAUAUUCGACAAGUGUUUCAUGUUUGUUGUAACGCUGAUGUCAUUGAUGUAAAAAUAGUUUCAUUUUAUUUUAAUAAAACACAGAAAUUACAAAUACGUUGUCAAAAAUACCCAAUGGCAGAUAGGGUACCGUUUUUUUGUGAAAAUCAAACCUUUCCCAGUACCGAAGGCUCUUUACAGUUAACACACUAAUCAGGACUGAAAGCCCCAAGAUUAAACCAAUUAAGGCAAGGCAAAAGAAUCAAAUAUCCUGUCACGCACACCAGUGAUCCAGCAACAUUUGGUUGUUCAGACACGAAUAUAGUUUUUAUUAGACUCAAACUCUGUCACAAAAAAAAGCAUAAGUGAUUUAUUUUUUUGAAUAGUUUCUAUUUGCAUAUAAACAAUCUGCAAACUUCUAUACUAUGACAGUUACCGGGUGUGACAACCUAAACUGUGGUCAAUAGCCUGAAAACAAAUGUGAUCAAGUGAUAAGCAAACAGCAAGCCUGGGUCAGGACAUAUUUGUAUGCAGGAGGGAGAGGAUGUGCAUUAGCAUCAGACUAAAGCUGCUGCUGCAGCUCCGCACUUUGUGCUCAAUUUGGUGGUGGGGGGCAGGGUGAAAAAGAGCGCCACAGAGAAUAUGAUGCCGAGCAUGAAAUGAGCAACUAGGGGUAAAGUAUUCGUUUAUUUGAACUAAUGUGCAUCUUUAUUACCUUUUAAAAUACAUGGGCAAAUAAUGAGUGACAACAUAUUCGGUUUGCAAUGAAAACUAAAAUUUUCACUAAAACUGGUCAGCUGUGCAAUGUUUAACCUAUGAAAAUGUUGAGAAAUUGUUGAAUUAAUAGACAAUACCAAAACCAACCCAAGUUACACUGGAGACAGCCAGGCAGUAUCAUUUGUGGCUCUGUGCCUGUCAAUUUUUUUUUAAAUAUUCAAAUGUUUGUGUCAGUGUGACAGCAUAUUGUCAUGAAAUGUCUACAUCAAAUUUUGAGUGUUUUUAUACAGCAAAUUGUUUAAUUUAAAUGAAAAGAAAAAAAAUGAUUUAAAAAAAAAAGAAAAAAAAAAAAAAGAAAAAGAUUCAAGCAGGUCUGUGUUUCUACUUUUGAUUUCCUUCAGCUUCGCACUGCUAUUACAACAAACCUUUUAUCUGUCUUGCAUGUUUGAAAGUGAUUUUCAGGGGACACAAACAAUUUUUGGUACAGCAAAACCAAGGAAAUAUAACGCAUUCCAAUAAAGUUUGCUCAACCUUUUGACAUUUCACUGUUAAAAACUAUGGUUGAAUUAAUGCGUCCCUCUGCACUUUGGCUCUUUGUAAAAUGUUUUUGUUUCCUAUUCCCAUCCUCAAGCUCCCUACCCUGCCGCAAAAAAAUAAAAAGGAAAAAACAAGGAAAACGAUCCCUUCCUCUCUCACCCAGCAGUUCAUGCAAAAUUAAUGCUUUGCAUAUUUUGUAUUGUAUAUGUACAAUUUCAUAUCUGUAUAGUGCAGAAGAUGUGCCAUCAUUAUAAAGAAUAUCCUCGAAAUAUACAGUAUAUUUUUAAAUAAAAUGGUUAAAAUAACAGUGUACUUGAUUAAUGCUUAAAAUGUACUUUAGUUCAUCACAUAAUGUUUGCGUUUGUAGCCAUACAAAAAUUGCAGGAAAAUAAUUUCCAAUUGUCAUUUUUGCACAUAUGUGCCAAAAGAUUGACUGGCUGAGUCGAGGUUGUACCCCGCCAAGGGCUGGCCGAUCUGACAAAAAAUGUUCCCCAUAGUGACCGAUCGAUUAUCAUCAAGUUUUUUUUGUUUUUUUUUUAACUUUACAACAGCCAGUUUUAAGGCAUUAGUACUGAACACUAAAGCAGCUAGAGAGUAGUUAAACAUUUGACAUCUUUUGCCAACAACACUCUUCAUGGUAAAUAAAAUAGUAACCACAACAUUAUAUUGACAUACUAAGCACUUAAAAAAAUUAAACAAAAUAGAAAAAUAUAACAACAACUGCAACAAAUGAGGUAAAAUAUACCAGUACAGUGCACUAGCUUGAAGUAAUUUUGGAGAUAUACAAGAUGAAAUAAUGGGGGGGAUAAUUAAGGCGCCCUGGAUUGUAAACAUAAUUCUCCAGUGAUGCUACAUACCCUGUCUGUUAACAUUAUUGCUACUUUCAAAUGUGCAUCAUCUUUAACAAUACAGAUUAACUUGCUUUGCCAUUUUACAAACCACCUGAAUAAUGAUGAUGACAGCUGAUUGCUGCUUCGGUCUGGUUGCCUCAUCGCUAGCAGCGGCUAUUAUAUAUAAUAUGCUAAUGCUACAUGUGCUGGCAGCAGUGAGUGGCGGGCUGCGAUGACUGCGCUUGCAUUUUUAUACUUUCCACUUAAUCACUUGAGUUUACUUCUUCAAAUUAAUGAACAUACAUUGCACAUCGGCUAGUUAAAAGCAUUGCCCCACACUGCUUUAGAGACAACGCCAGACCACUCUGAGCCAAUCAGGCAGCUCUGUCGCCAGGUCGGAGGCGAGGAAGGGCCAUGUAAGGACGGCUAAAUCCGAAAGGGGGGCGAGGAGGCGCAGUUUCUGUUUACGCCCAAAACUUGCAAACGUAAGUGGGGCAGGAGAAGGACUACUCUAAUUGGCUGUUGUCACACACUUCCAUCAUGCUUGAUCGAGUAAAUACACACAUCUGAUCACUGUGAUUGACGGUAAAUUUAUCACGAUGACUAAAAGCUAAUAGAUGUAAAUACCAUGAAAUAAAAGCUGGAAUUCUGAACUUUUGUCUCAUAUUCAUCUUUUGAUCUGAAACCCAAAUGUCUUCAGUAUACAAUAGCGAAGGAAGUGACUUUGCCGUUCCAAUACCUUUCGAGCGGACUGUAUAUUUCCCCAGUCCUAAUCCCACCUAUUGCCCAAAGACAGCUGGUAGGCUAAAAUCACCCACGACCAACACGAAGUGGUAUUUUUGGUUUAAACCGAAAACAUUUUUACAGAAGAGUGAUUUAUUAGCUCGCGCUCUUUAAGGCCUACACCACAAAGACUAUAUCGCUGGUGUUGGGCCAAAACCUGCUAUGUCCAAAUUUGGUCAAUAAUCAAUAUUAUUGGUCUGACUCCGAAGGGUGUUAUUUUUUUUAAUUUUAUAACCGAUGCAAUGUUAAUGGCUCCAAAAAAACAAAAAAGCAGUUUUUUGGCUUUCUUACAAAAAGUGAAAAAUGUAAGGUUUCCGCAUGAUGCCAGCAAUAUGCAAAACAAGAGAUGGACUAUAUUAUAUUAAAAAAUAAAAAAUGUAAAAAAAAGCAGACUGUCCCUACACAGCAAGGAUAGACAACAUUAUUACCAUUUGAUAAAUAUGCAAAUGUGGUAUCAGGAUUGAAGUAUUAGACUGGGACAGGCAACUUUGGUACUGAAAGGCCUGACUCUAUUGUCUAUGUGAACCUCUUUUUGUACACUGGGACACAGUCAUUUAAUGAACUAUGAUGUUGGGGACCAUGUACCUACUCCAUAAAAAGAACUGCAAAUCUUAACUAGCUCCUUCUGAGAAGUUGAUCCUGAAAACAACUUGUAUAACCAUACAAUCACAAUUAUCUCCAUAUAUAGACACCACCUUUUAACAGUCCUCUUUAGAUGCUGGCAUAACUAGACCAGCGAGGCACACGCAAGCACAGACAUCUGCCAAGGCUGAACCAAUGUGCUUUGUCGGUGGCAGUCCAUGUCCACUGACCUCUGUGAAUCUCUAGAUUUUACCAUCCUGCAACCCUGCCAAAAUAGUCUCUUUCCUUGGCCCAUGCCACAUUCCACAGUAUUUAGUCAAAUGCAUUUGAGUAGCAA